AUAUGUUAUUGCUUUUGUAUCGUUUCUUGACUAAAUUUACCUGCUGUAAUAUGAUUGUGAAAAGAGCGAAGAGGGCUAAGACUGCAUAUUAGCUGACUGUGUUCUGUUGAUGUAAAUAUAAUCAUUUGAGUUUAUAUUAAGCUGUGGAUAUUUUAUAUCAUGAGCUUAUAAUAAGCCAUUCAGCUAUAAUAAAGAUGCUGAUCAAUGGUUUAAAUGGUUGUGCCAUAUUGGAUCAAUCACGAUCAAUUGGCAAUUUGCUUUCUCUUUUUGUUGUUUAGUUUUUUGAGAACCUCUAUUAAUUUGUAUUUUGGAAACAUUUAUGCAUAUACAUGGUAAUAUGAGUAGUUAUUGGCACAUUUAUUUGGGUCCCUUAAAAUUAGCAUUGGUUUGGCUUUGCAAUCUGCCAUGUAUAUGAGGUUAAUUUUUUUUCUCUCUAUUUUAGAGCUUUUCUUAUUGAUUUAUUUAUUUGGGCUGGGGGUGGGAAUUUUUUAGGGAUGAGGGUGUCCACUGGGGAAUACAAAAUGGCCUUUAUCUUUCCAGAAGUACAAUUGUGUAUUUCAAGCACAAUUACAUGGAGUCUCUACAAAGUACUUCGGAGAAAGUUACUGUAGAAAAUAAGCGAGCUAAGAAGCUAAGGCGCUAUAUUGUGGUUGAAGUUGUGUACCAGAAUUUAGGUCAAAUUGCUCCAUUAGAUGAGAUCAUCCGACUGAAGGAGAAAUAUCGUUUCCAUGUCUUAUUGGAUAAGAGCAACUCUUUUGGUGUGCUUGGCAGUUCCGGAAGAGGUAUCACCGAGCAAUAUGGGGUUCCGAUUGAGAAGGUAGAUAUCAUAACUGCUUCCAUGGGACAUUCAUUGGCCACGGAAGGAGGAUUCUGCGUAGGAAGCGUUAGAGUCACUGCUUCCAUGGGACAUUCAUUUCUGUGA